GCUGAGCAUUCAGAAAGUACACCACAGACUCUGCUUCCUCCUGAGGAGCCUUGUCUGUCAACAUCUCACUUUAAUUGUAGUCUGCAAGGUACCAGCAGGCAAGCAAAGCUCAUCAGCCGGCAGCCAUGGAAGAUCCAUUCACUGACACCAAUCAAAAUGCUAACAACACCACUGUCUCUGAGGUUUCAGAUUCUGAGGAAAAUAAAGGGGGUGAUCUUUUUGAUCAUGUCCAUGAAGAUUCAGCAUCCCCUUUUUCCAUCACUAAUACCCCAGAAAACAUGGAUGGUAGUAAGGAGAACUCAGAAGACAGCUGUAAUAAUUCUGUGGCCUCUCAGCAUGGAAGUGAUGGAGAAGAUGAUUCUUCAUCUCACCAUGGUGCUGAAGAAGACUCCCCACAGCAGCAGAUGGAUCUGAUGAGCCCAACUCUGGAAGAUAAAGACGUAGAGGGCUCAGUGUUUGAGAGCAACCUGCAUUUUCCUAUGGAUUUCCAGUUUCGUCAGAGACAGAGCACUUAUACCAACUCUUCAACUUCCCUCAAGUUUCCCCUUAACAAUAACUUUGGAGAAACUAACAACUUCCAGGAAGAUUUUGAGAUUUCCGUUUUUGUAAAGGCCGGUAUAGAUGGAGAAAGCAUUGGGAACUGCCCAUUCUCCCAGCGUCUCUUCAUGAUCCUGUGGCUCAAAGGAGUUGUGUUUAAUGUCACCACUGUUGAUCUGAAAAGAAAGCCAGCUGACCUGCACAAUCUGGCUCCUGGGACCCACCCUCCUUUCCUGACAUUUAAUGGAGAAGUCAAGACAGAUGUUAACAAGAUUGAGGAAUUCUUGGAAGAAAUUCUUGCACCUCCAAAGUACCCCAAGCUGGCUGCGAAGCACCGGGAAUCAAACACUGCUGGAAUCGAUAUCUUUUCCAAAUUUUCUGCGUACAUCAAAAACACCAAGCAGCAGGAUAAUGCUGCGCUUGAAAGGGGCUUAGUGAAGGCUCUGAAGAAGCUGGAUGACUACCUGAGAACUCCCCUGCCGGAGGAGAUUGAUGCAGACAGCACUGAAGAGGAAAAAGUGUCUAAGCGCAAGUUUCUGGAUGGAGAUGACCUGACACUUGCUGACUGCAACCUUCUGCCCAAACUCCACGUUGUGAAGAUUGUUGCGAAGAAAUACCGCAACUUUGAGUUCCCGGCGGAGAUGACGGGGCUGUGGCGGUACCUGAAGAACGCGUACAGCAGGGACGAGUUCACCAACACCUGUGCAGCAGACAAAGAAAUCGAGCAAGCCUACGCAGAUGUGGCCAAGAGGCUCAGCAAGUCCUAAGUGCCCCCAGCCAUGGAUCAGUAUCCCCUUUUACAGACUGCUCCUUGUUGCCUUAAGACGUACUUUAUCGUUAUGCUGUCUGGUUGGCAUCUUUAUGACUUCACUUGUUCCAAGUGUAUUGGGCAGGGACAAAUCUGCCUCUCCCUAGAGAAGAGGGAAGGCAGCUGUAGUGGGGGGGGGAGGGGAUGGGGGGGAUGGAGGGGGGGGUGGGAGUGGACACUCUUUGAAGUCUAACCCAAGAUCUAGCUCAACUAGCAUUAUUUGCAAUCAGUGUUGGAAAUGAGUCCGCUUGACUAGUGUCUUGUUCUCUGUUGGGGGUACAUCAUGACCUGCAUUCUUUAGUUUUCAAAAUAGCUGAAAUUUCAGGUAAGAGAGUUAGGAACACAUAGAACUGGUUCCUCUCUGGAUUAUUUCAAGGACGCUUUUUCCUUCAGUUCUAUUAAGAUCCUUGAGGCAAGAACAAAAUUUAGGCAAGAAAGAGGGGAAAAAUAGGAGUUUGACCCUAAAACAGAAAUGCUCUUAGCAGUUAUAUUUAAACAAACUCUCUGAAUGCAUCUUCUGUCUUAGCAGGCCCAGGAGUUUAUAGGGUAUUUAUUUUUAACUUGGCGCAAGAGGGGGAAGCCUGAGUGAAUAUGUCAGACUUGCAGAUGCUACUCUGCAUAAAAUUUGCAUGGUGUUGUUGGAUCCGAAUGUUUAAGGCAAGAGAGUGAAAGAGCAAUUGAGCAGGCAGCCCUUGGAAGAGCAGGGCCUGUGCCAAAAUGCCCAGUGGAUCUGCUGGUUGGUAGAGACAGACAGACACAGCAAUAACAGGGGCAGCAGAUUGACUCCAGCACCCACAGAGGGAAUUGGCACAGCAAACCAAACCACGCAGGAUAUUGUCAUCUUGACUGUAUGGUUGCCAGUUCCUCUAUAAUUGCUAUCUUGGGAAACUUGGAUCAGCAGUGGGAAGCUGUCGCUGCACACAGAUUCCAGGCAGGGGAAGCGCUUUCGUCGCCUUGGGCUCCAGAUGGGUCACUUUCAAGCGCUCAUCAUCUCACCCCAGGUGGAGUUUGCUGGGAGAGCCUCAGAAAGGGCAGGCUGGCACCGUGACAGGCAUGUUUCCAGCCAGGAAUUCAGCAAGUGUGCUAGCAGAAAUCCAUGCAUGGUGCCUCAAUCCCACUCAUCCAGACCUUACCCUUCCAGGUUCCACAAUUCUGAAUUAGGCAUUUUUUCCUAAAAGAAAUUAUUUUGCUCUGUCUGCAGUGCCUGCCUGGCACAUCUGCUUUGCACUGGUGAUUAUUUGCACGUUUCUUCAGCAGAUUCAGAAUGACAUCUCUUUCACUUGAAAAUCAUGUGCUCCAGUACAUACAGGAGAGCACAUGGCUCAUGGGUUUCAGUUUGUGGAGGGAUUUAUUGCUGUUUUAAAAGAUAAAAUAAAGCUGAACUGUAACCUGAUGUGCCUCCCCUUCUGAUCAGAGCUGCUAAAGCUGCACUGAUUUGAGGGGAACCCCAAGCUGGUGAGCUGUGACCAAGGGGAACCUCACAGCAGACUUGUUUGCACCCAGAGAGCUGGGAAAGUGGAACAACACCGAAAGCCAGGCUCUGCCGUAUGAUGCCGAUGACAAUCUGAAAUCAUCCUUUUGCUUCAGUGGGAUAAUUCCACUUUUCACACUAACCCAGCUGGGAGCAGAAUGUUGCUCAUUGACUGAAGAGAGUUUGUGGUUGACUAUUGUUUCACAUGCAAUGGUCAAUUUGUUCUGAACUUUCAAAACCUUGGAAGAAAAUCCAUGAACUCCCAAGUCUUCUCCUAGAAUGGGUUAUUUUAGCAGCGGCUAGACUGGAGGGCAAAGGCUUGCACUCCUUAAAAUAUUGCUGAGAAAUCAGCUGGCUCAGAGAACACUAAUAGCAGCCAGAAAAAUCUGAUGAGAUUAGAAGUAUCUGCACAAGGAUAUGUGGCUUGUUAAAAACGUUUCUUCAUGAGGUUGAAAUUAUUGUGAUAUAAUUUUCUUUUUUUAUUUUUUCUUUUUAAAAAUUCUGACAAUUAUUUAUUUAUUUAUUUAUCAUAAUUGAUGUGAUCCUUUCUUUCUGUCUUUCUGGUUUUUGUUUUCACUCAGCACUUGGGUCAGGAUGGCUCGGUCAGUUUAGGAAAGUGUUAUUAGCGAAGCUCUGCAAGUUUGUUCCUAGAGAAAAGUCUUCUAUCAGAUCAAUGUUCCAGGGGAUUUUUACUCUCAGUAUGAUCCUAUCAAUCAUCAGAAACUACAUUUUUCUCAUUUGCCUUUUCCCAGGUUUGCACUUCAGUCAGUAGCUUUUCUUAGUCACAGUUGCUGUGAAUAUUUGAAUAAAAGACGCAGAAGCAGAUGCAGAUUCUUGCUCUCUGAUUAUUAUAUUUAUGUCCUAAAAGAAGACUGUGCAAACAUGUAGCAGAUCUCAGACAGGUGAAUCAGGGUCUGCCCUGAUUUCCAUCUCAGAAUCUUCACCAUUUUGCUGAAUCUCAUAGUUCUGAAAUUCUAUUAUAUGUUUGUCUCUAUUUUUCAUAGAAGAGGGCCAAAUCACAAUCAGUUGAUUUCAGUGACCUCAAAUUGCAUCUGUUUAAAAAAAAAAAAAUGUUUAAAAAUGGUUGGGUUCAUAUAAAAAAGAAAAUUGUCUAUAAAUGCAAUGAGCUUUUUCUGAGGUGAUUUGCAUGUUCUUAAAAACUUUCUAAGAUUUCAUAAUAAAAUCUAAAAGUCCCCAGGCUAAUUUCCUUUUAAUAAAUUGCCAAAAAAAAAAAAUCCUUAAA